AAAAAGAUCUAUUCACUUGGAAAUUGUGCUAAAUGUAGGCUAACUGUGCUAACAGUGGGAUAGUUGUACUUAAUCAUUUGCAAAGAUGUCCUGAGACAUUGAUACAAGUACUAAGACAUUUGCAAUUUGACAAAAUGAAUGAGAAAUAUAAUUCUGUUAUGAACAAUUGCAAAGUGGUUUGGAGAUUUGUCCAUGUUCUUUUGAGAAUGUAAUUUCAGUUUCAAGAAAUGAGCCAAACCAAUGGAGAAAAAAAAUGUAAAACCAAUUAUGAACAUUACUCGGUUAUGAGAGACCUUAACUAAUCUUUUUCGCAUACUUUAUCUAUGGUAGUAGCUAUGCCUUAAGUUCAUACUUUCCAGAUGUUACAUUUCCAAGGGAUAGUUUGCUGCUUUUUGUACAUUUUAUUAAUGAUGAAUUAUCAUAUUAACAGCUGAAUAUUUUUAUUUCAAACUGAUACUGUCCAACAGGUCAGUCUAAUUUGUUUCUGUGAUCAUUCAGACUUGUCGCUUUUUCCAGUCAAGUUUAUGUUCCUCUCAGUGAAGCUGAGCAGGCCUUUGAUUUACAGAUGAAAAAUAUAUGUAGCUAUCACAUUAUAUGUAGAACAGGCUCUUUCCAGUAUCUUUCUUUAAAUGUUUAAUUGUCCUGCCCUGAUUUUAAGUCUAAUUAUAAGUUUGCUAAAUGACGAAACUGUAAUGAUGAUGCCUCUUUUUUUAGGCCUACUGUGCCAAAUCAUCCUACCUUCACCAAGGAUGUGAUCCUAUUGCCUGAUCCCACGUGGGACAGAGUAUGCAAACAUAAAACAAAAAGGAAGCUGCAUGAAAGUGGGUAUAUUUUAAGCGCUUUUGAAAUGAGGAAAGCAUGGGACAGUGGGACGGUCAUUGCAGAGUUAAGAGAGGCAUUCAGAGACCGAAUUCCUGAGGAUGUCAGUAUUGAACUUUUAAUGUCAUGUGGAAACACACUGAUAUCACCAAAGUUGCACCAGGGACAGGAACUUAGCGGCUUGAUUGUUCACAAGAUCUUCAAGUCAAAGGCGAUUUAUCUGAGGCCAUCGAGCAGUCUUCCAUUUUCGGUUGACAACUCAGACCCAGAAGACAACUGUGUAGAGGUGGACACUGCACAAACAUCUACCAGUUACCAUAUGACUACAAGGGCCAGGGGAAACGAUACUGCAAAAGCGCCGAAUAUUUCUAUUCGUCCUUUUACAAGAGCAAGAGCCGAACAGCCCUCAGCAACACUACAAGUAACUGAUGCUCUUGUGACCACAGCUACCCAGCCCUCUGCAUCACAAGAAGCAGCUGUUGUCAUUGACUUGGAUAGUGGUGACACAGUCACCCAGACCCCGUCAAAUAGCAGUGAUGACUAUGCUGUCUACCUUUCCAUCAUGGGGAUGACAUCAGACCUCUCUGAUGAUGAGGAGGAGGAGCUAAACCAGGCCAUAAUGGCAAGCCUUGAAUCUCAUGCAGCAUCUGAAAACCCAAACACUGAAUCAGCACAGGAGGUGCUCCUCAAUCUUGCAUCCAAAAUUGACGGUAGUCGAAGAUGCGGGUUCAACAUUAAUCGAACUUCAGUACUGGAUGGUGCUCUGCGGGGCUUCAGACGGCCGUCCUAUAAUCCAGUGUACCAGAUGUGCAUCAAAUUCUCAGAUGACUUGGGAAAGGAUGAAGAGGCUGUGGAUCUUGGUGGCCCAAGGAGAGAAUUUUUGCGGUUGCUUAUGGAGGCUCUGGCAUUGUCACCAAUGUUUGAAGGAAGAGAUGGAAAGUUGAACUUGGCUUUGGACAGUUCCGCUCUAAGAGAAGACAGGUAUUUUGUUGCUGGCCAGGCCAUUGCUGUAAGUCUUGUCCAUGGUGGUCCUCCACCAGGAUUCAUUGCACCAACACUAUAUCGUUGUCUUGUUGGUGGCACUUCAUCAGCAAUGCCAGUUUUGGAAGACAUUGCUGAUCCUGACCUCUAUGAGAAGGUUAAAAAGGUGUCCGAAUGUACAUCUUUAGAUGACCUGAUACAUGCCACUGAACCGCUGCAAGAUUACUUGGCAAACGCUGGGUGUCUUAGGCCAUUGAAAUGCAUUAAAGACAAAGAUCAACUGAAGAUACACACGUGGACAAAAUUGUUGGUACCCCUCAGUUAAAGAAGGAAAAACCCACAAUUCUCACUGAAAUCACUCGAAACUCACAAAAGUAACAAUAAAUAAAAAUUUAUUGAAAAUUAAAUAAUCAAAAUCAGCCAUCACUUUUGAAUUGUUGAUUAACAUAAUUAUUUAAAAAAACAAACUAAUGAAAUAGGGCUGGACAAAAAUGAUGGUACCCAUAACUUAACCUUUUGAGGCAAUCACUGCAAUUAAACAAUUUCUGUAUUUGUCAAUGAGCGUUCUGCAGCUGUCAACAGGUAUUUUGGCCCACUCCUCAUGAGCAAACAGCUCCAGUUGUCUCAGGUUUGAUGGGUGUCUUCUCCAAAUGGCAUGUUUCAGCUCCUUCCA